CUUUUGCUCCCGCGAGUUUUUAACACACAACACAAAGUAAGACAAGGAGAAAGAAAGCAGGAGUUAAAAGAAAGGAGAAGGAAAUGGCAACUGUGGAAGAACCAAUACUCUCUAGACUAGACAGACUUGACAAUAUUCUCAAGAAAUUGGAGGAAGUUAGAGGAGGUGACCAUUCCCCAAAGACUUCAACGGCGUCAAGCGAGACACUAACGAGCGACGGGCAAGCUUCGUCCCUCGAUUUCUCACCAAGAAGCAUGGAGAAGCAUUGCCGCCCCAUAGACGACGUGAUUACAGAGACGGAGCACAAGGGAACGCUCAUUGAGAGGCUGGUGAAUGUAGAAAACAGGGUGUUGAAUAUGUGUCUGCAGUUAGAAGCAGAGUUGGAGAUUGUGAAGAAGAAGAGAGAAGAGAAUGUUGGUAUUGAGGAGGCAAUGAAGAAGAAAAAAGAGGAAAAUGUUGUUAAAGAGGAGAAGAACAAGUCACCUUAUAAGAAGGGUCUGAAAAGCUUUGUUAAAUCUUGUGUUAAAGGGAAAGGCAUAGGGAAACACAAACAUAACAAGGAGUGAGAUCUUCGUUUUUGUGUCUUAUCUUUUUUUUUUUUUUUACAAUUUUCUUUGUAGUGGUUUUAAAAGUUUUAGCUCCAAAAAUAGUGGGAUGUAAUGGAGCAACCAAUGUGUCAAUCUUGGCAGUUUGAAGUACGAUGGUUUUGUAAAUUCUGAAGUUCCGCUGUUAUUGGUUUAAAUAAGCGUAUUUAUAUCUAAUUUGA